CAAACUUUUUAGGUGGUUAUAUAGCGACCCAUGAGCUUUAACCUUUCUGUACCCAGAGGGAGGAAGCGGCCGGGUCCUCAUCCACGGCAGCAGCGGGACAGAUGCUGGGCUGCCCUGCACAGCCCUCGCCUCCCGCUGCGCUCUGCCCUGCGCUCAGCCUGCCCAGAUACAGCUGCGCCUCCUGACUGCACGAUCCUGAGAUGGGACAGAACAAUAGCAACCCCCAGCCUGGGGAUCUGAUCGAGAUUGACCGGCGUGUUUGCCAGCAUUGGGCCCUCUACACGGGAAAUGGAUAUGUUAUCCAUGUGACAGAUGAAGGAGCUCAUUCCAGUUCAGGUACCAUCACAUCAGUAUGGGCCGCCAUGGUCAAGGUGAAGAAGGAGCUCCUGACUAAGGUGGCUGGAAAUGAUAAAUGGCGUGUUAACAACAAGUAUGAUCGCUCCCGCACUCCUCGUCCCGUGAAGGAGAUCAUCCGGCGUGCUGAGCGCUGGGUUGGCAGGGAGGUGCCAUAUGAUGUGCCUUGGAAGAACUGUGAGCACUUUGUGACCAAGCUCCGCUAUGAAGUAGAACUUUAUGAGCAGGACAAAGAAUCAUCUUCUGACGGUGCUGCAGCAGCAAUCGGAGCUAUUGUUGCUGGUGCGGUUGCUGUUGCUGUGAUGAUACUGUCCAGGAUAUAGUAUUGCUGCUUGGCUGCCAGGUAGAGCUCAGAGCAAUCCAGGGGGAGCCCCUAACCACAGCAGCCACUGGUCAGAUUUUGCUACACCUACCAUCAACGUUUCCUAGGCACCCUUGCUGUAAACAUUAAACAAUCCUUAAUAAAAUAUCUGAAAUCCAAACUCA